AUGCCUGGCACCCAUCUCCUCCCGCCUAAUCUUCUUAAACUCUUCGCUCCCAGACCACCUCUCCCAUACGCUCGUCCUGUCGACAAAGACAUUGACCGUAUCCGCACAAAACACGUCAAUGGUGUAGCUCAAAUUCUUGCACAGCUCAAGGAAGCAAACACAGACUCUCUCAUUUCUUCCGGAACAGCGGAGGCCAUGGAGGAGGGAGAAGAGCCCUUGCAGAUCCGACGCGAAGAGCGCAAGGCCAAAAAGACAGAAGAGUUCAAGCUUGCGAAAUCAUCUUACAAGCCUGCCGACGAUCCAGAGGCGGUCGGGGAUCCCUAUAAAACACUGUUUAUCUCACGCCUGCAUAAAACGGCUACAGAGACAGACCUACGGCGUGAGUUUGAAGGGUAUGGUACCAUAGAACGAGUCAGAAUCGUUCGCGACAAAAAGGGUCGCAGCCGUGGCUACGCAUUCGUCGUUUACGAACGAGAACGUGACAUGAAAGCCGCGUAUAAGGAGUCCGAUGGCUUGCACAUCAUGGGAAAACGAAUUCUCGUCGACGUGGAGCGUGGGCGGACAGUACGAGGUUGGAAACCUCGUCGUCUUGGAGGAGGCCUUGGUGGCCGUCCAAAGCGCGUCGUCGAAGCUGCUCCCGUAGUGGCUCCACCCAUGAGAGGCGGCUUCCGGGGCGGAAUGGGAGGUGGGAGAGGAUUUGGAGACAGAGGGGGUGGAUUUAGGGGUGGUCGUGGCGGCUUUGGCGGUGGUCGUGGUGGGUUUGGUGGAGAUCGUGAUCGAGGCGGGGGCUUUGGAGGUGACAGAGGCGGUUUUGGUGGCGACAGAGGAGGCUUUGGCGGCGACAGAGGAGGCUUUGGAGGUGACAGAGGAGGCUUUGGUGGUGACAGAGGAGGAGGAGGAGGGUUCAGGGGAGGAUUCGGAGGCGGAGGUGACGGUUUCAGAGGAAGCAAUGGUUUUGCUGAUGGUCACUCAAACGGCUUUGGAGGACCUCCACCACACGGCGCCCCAGGUGGAUUUUCAGGUCCGCUUGGAGGAGGUAUGCCUGGUGGAUUCGGUGGAAGUGGAGGAUUCCGAGGGGAUCUUAAACGCGAAGGCUCAGGCGGCUUCGAUGAAAGAGAUCCCAAGCGGCCACGAUACUAG